CCAUCAUCACCAUGCGUUUCUCACUUCUUGCUGUUUGUGGUCUUUUGGCCGGCGCAAUUGCCGCCCCGACGGCCCAUUCAAGGCGCCAUGUUGUACAUGAGCGUAGAAGUCGACUGCCCGCCAAUUGGAGGAGAAGCACCAAACUCAGCAGCGAUGCUGUACUGCCACUGCGAAUUGCACUCACCCAGAGCAAUCUCGACAGGGCUGAAGAAUUCUUGAUGGAUGUCUCCCACCCAGAUUCACCUAAUUUUGGAAAGCACUGGACAUCUAAACAAGUUGCCGAGACGUUCGCACCUAGCGAUGAGACAGUAGCAGCCGUCACCCAAUGGCUACUUGAGGCAGGAAUCGUGCCAGACCGCGUUAAGCAAUCCCAGAGUCUCAACUGGCUUCAUGCUGAAGUCACCGUUGAGGAAGCUGAAGCACUUCUCAAAACAAAAUAUUAUCGAUACACGCACAGCCAGACUGGCCAGGCUCACGUUGCUUGCGAUGAGUACAGCAUCCCAGAGGAUAUCCAGAGACACGUUGACUUUAUCACCCCUACCCUUCACUUCGACGCAAAGAUCCAGGCCCCGAAGAAGAGACGUGCUCUAGAUGAACGUGAGAUUGAUAUUGUCAAACGUCAAACUUCGGCCAUCGGUCACGAUGUUCAACCAGGAAGUGCACAUGCGAUUGGUUCCCCAGGGGAUGCAUCUCUGCCAAAAAAAGGAGCUAACAUUCCAUUUUCCACCGUGUUGACUGAAUUGGAAAACUGCGAUGUCUCAAUUGUUCCCAGCUGCCUUCGAGCUUUAUACUUGAUACCAGAGGACUUCCCAGCGCAUCCCAAUAACUCAUAUGGUAUUGUCGAAUAUACCCCGCAAGCAUACCUCCCAGAUGAUUUGGAUAUGUUCUUCCGCAACUUCUCUCCUGCACUGGUUGGUAAGAGGCCGACAUUUGAGUCAAUUGACGGCGGAUACCUUCAGACCGAGGUGGAAGAUUUUGGUUACAAUGGAGAAUCUGACCUGGAUCUCGAAUACGCCAUGUCCCUGGUAUACCCGCAAACUGUAACUCUUUACCAGACUGGAGACUCCGUCGAAGGCGCAUCUUUCAACAAUUUUCUUGACGCCCUCGAUAGUAGCUAUUGUACCUAUGAGGGAGGCGAUGAUGCCACUCAAGAUUCAGUCUAUCCUGACCCCUAUGGUGGAUACCAGGGUCCCGAGGACUGUGGUGGUUUCACAGCCAGCAAGGUUAUCUCUACCUCGUACGCCUACAACGAAGCCGAUCUCACACCCUUCUAUGAGAUACGCCAGUGUAAUGAAUACCUGAAGCUUGGUCUUCAAGGCAUCACUUUCCUGUACUCGUCAGGUGAUUACGGUGUUGCGGGUAAUGGAGGACAGUGCAUCGACACUACCACCGGCGCAUACAACAACGGAACCUCCGGCAUGUUCAACCCCUCAUUCCCCGGCACCUGCCCCUACAUCACCUCCGUAGGCGCGACGCAAGUCAAGCCCGGCGCCACUGUAACCCAACCUGAAGAAGCCGCCGAGAGCGUCAUCUACUCCGGCGGCGGCUUCUCCAACGUCUUCAGCAUGCCCUCCUACCAAGCCAGCGCCGUCAAGAGCUACUUUGCCUCGCACGCACCGCCCUACGGCCCAGACCGCUACAACACCUCGCAAACCUCGCGCGGCUUCCCCGACGUUGCCGCCAACGGCGUCAACUACGUUAUCGCCAUCGACUCCGCCUUCAGCUACGUCUACGGCACCAGCGCCUCCUCCCCGACCUUCGGCUCCGUCAUCACCCUCCUCAACGCCGCACGCAUGGAUGUCGGCAAGAGCAGUCUCGGCUUCCUCAAUCCGGCCCUGUACGCGAACCCCGGUAUCAUGAACGAUAUCACGGCCGGUGGGAACCAGGGCUGUGGCACGCCCGGCUUCACCGCGGUCGAAGGCUGGGAUCCGGUCACGGGACUAGGCACCCCGAAUUUUUUGAAGAUGUUGCCGUAUUUCUUGUCUUUGCCUUGAUUGAUGUGGGGAGAGUGGAACAAACAUCGCCUUUUUAGGAUGCUUCGUAACGAUUUAAUGCUAGCGGAAUGAGUGAAUGAUUGAAUGAAUGAUGGGCACGGGCACGUAUAAUAAGGGCCUCCUUGGUUUUAUGUAUAUAGAUGAAUUGAAUUGAAUUGAAUUGAACUGAAU